AUGAAGCACGUGACCAUGUUCAGCGAAGACAUCUUCGCCGGAUUAAUCUCCCUCAUCUUCAUCAUCGAUGGAGCGCGGCCGAUCAUCGAGAACUUCACGGAAAGCAGGCUGACGUUGACGAACUGCAUGUUUGAAGCUCUUUUGUUCAUUUGGACAUUUGGCUUGGCGACAUACUUGUCCAGCUUCCGCCGAAGCCCUUGGACUUUCCGUUUCGUUCGCAACUUUGCGGCCAAUUUCGCUGUGACCAUCGCCUUGGUGAGUGGCUCUGCGCUGGCCGCCAUCUACUCCAACGACACAGGCCUCAGGAUGUUGCAGGUGGACGCGGACUUCUCGCCAAACCUGAGCUUGUCCGAUGGCAGCAAGCGGCCGUGGAUCAUUAAUCCCGCCGGCAUGGACCGCCCCUUCCCAGCUUGGGGCAUUGCUUAUGCGAUCCUCCCGGCGAUUGGCUUCGCAGUUCUGGGUUACCUGGAUCAAAAUCUCACUUCUGUGAUCGUGAACAGACCGUCUAACAAUCUGAAGAAGCCUGCUGCUUAUCACCUCGACUUGUUCGUUCGUGGAGCACUGACGCUGCCCAUCUGUGCUGUGCUGGGCCUGCCCCUGUCCGUGGCCUCCACGGUGCCGAGCAUCACCCACGUGAUCUCGUUGACCACUUACGAAGUGAAGCAACUUCCGGAAGGUGAGCGCAAGGUGCCUACGAAGGUGGUGGAGCAGCGU